AUGUCACUUUAUCCGUCUAUUAUUCCUGAAAGUCCAUCAUCGACACUUAUUGAACCCGUUCGGAGUUUAUCAUUGAAUGAUCCAUCUUUAAAUGAUAAUGAUCAGGAAUCAUCAAAUUAUUAUGAUAAUAACAAUUUUAAUCUUUAUCGUCAAGAAUCAUAUUUAUUAACAGAUUUUUUCUCUGAUUCACAUGAUGAAUCUUUCGAAGAUGAUCGAGGUUAUUCAGGAGGUGGUAAUUUAAAUAAUGAUUCAGACGAAGUUAUAAAUGAUAUAACUAUGGAAGAAAGUAAAGAAGAAAUCGAAACACCGUCACUAACGUCUACAUGUGAUCCAGAAAGUGAUUAUCCUGAAAUGGAAGAAUAUUUGCAACAAUCGGAGGAAUUUGCCUGGGAAUAUUUACGACAUUUUGUGGGACAUGAAUUUCAAGAUGAGGCAGGAUUAGAUUACGGUGAAAAACCUGAAGACAAAAUUUGGGAUGAUGAUGAAGGCAUGGAUCCGUUAGAAAAUCAAUAG